AGUGACGUCAACCUGGUGUUUCUCCAGGAGCUAAAACUCUAACUGUAGUGCACUUUGAAAAAAAUAAUCCAUCAGAAAGAAUAUGACGGUGUAAAUGAAGUCCCCGUCGUGUUAACAGACGUUGAAGCAGCAUUCUAACGGGUUCGUGCUUACAGCGGGUCUGUAAAGCGAAGCAGGAAGCGCGGGACGUUAACUCUCUCACGUUGAUCCGUUAGUCUUUGAUUGUAGAUCUCAACGAUGACAAAACUGCAACAUUGAGUUCACGUAAUAAUCGCAUACUAUGCUCGAGUGUUGUAUAUCAAUAUAAUUGCGAAGUAUUUUCUCCUUAAAUGACGUAUUUUAUUUAUAAAAUGAUAUUAUAUAAUUUUCUGGUAAUGCGUUUUGUACACAAGAUGACGGCCAUCCCGCUACUUCCGGUUAGGACCGGAAGCUGCCCGCUUCUUGUUUACAUUCUCCGCGGGGGUUAAUCCCGAGGAACAGCCAGACAUCUGGGGCACAAAACAACUUCCACAGGACGCGGCGAGAUGCCGGUUAACGGCUGACGUUCUCACGCCGUCUCUCCUCCAUCGCACCAUGGCUCCGGCCCGCUGCUGCGGCCGUCUGUGGGUGACGUUGCCGCUCGUCCUGCUGCGGUGGCCCGGGCUGCUGCUGGCGGCGGAGCGGGUCGCUCUGGUGGAGGUUUUCCUGGAGCAGCGGCCCGCUGUCGGCGCGGUGCUCCAGGGGGAGGUGGUGGAGUCCGGCGGCGGCGGCAGCAGGAGCUGCGAGGACCGGGCCGAGCUUGAGGGAGAGCUGGUCCUGGUCCAGGUGGACGAGGAGACGCAGGUGAGCGGAGGAGAAGGAGAGGACGACACCAAGGAGCAGGAGCUGUGGAUCGGGCUGGUGCCCCUGGAGGUGGAGGACAAAAAAAAAGCCUCCACCGGGAACCAGGAGUCCUUCGCAGACGCGAUGGUCAAUAAAAUGAAGCGAGCGCUGGUCCUCGGAGCGUCUGCACUCAUCAUCCUGGCUCUCAACCAGAACACUGUCCGCGAGAUGGAUCUGUCCCAGGUGCUGUCGAAGCCCAUCAUCGUGAUCCAGACGUCGGAAAAUGUCACCAAGCUGAUCGGAGCUCUGCUCAGAGGCCUCCAAGCCACAGCCAAGAUCACCUACAAGACGAUCCUGCAGGACAACCUGGGAGCCACGCUCACGCUGUGGUCCAGCUGCGGCCGCUCGAGAGGGGGCCGCUACGGAGAGUGGCAGGGGCUCAUCUGCACGGGAGAGACCAACUCCCAGGUCCAGAAGUACCUGCAGCAGCUGUGGGACACCGUCCUGCUGGUGGCUCUGGUCCUCAGCACCGGGGUCAUUGUUCAGGCUCGCAGGCAGAACCAGGAGCAGCAGAACGAAGACGUGGAGCUGCUUCCUAAACAGGACGUCCUCAAGACAAUGUUGUCCCUGAAGACCAAAACCUACCGCCAGCCCAAACCGUGGUGCGACCCGUCCCAGCCGGUGGAGACGGACAACUGUGCAGUCUGCCUGGAGCCGUUCAACAACAACCAGUGUCUGCGGGUGCUGCCGUGUCGUCACGAGUACCACAGAGACUGCGUGGACCCGUGGCUGCUGCAGCGUCACACCUGUCCUCUCUGCAAGCGCAGCAUCCUCGGCGAGUCCCGUGGCGCCUUGUGACCUCACCGGUGACGAGAAGCCCGGUUUCAUCAGAACGUCUCGUCUCCUCGAGGCCCCGCAGGACGCGUCCUCAGGGACGGUUAGCGGCCGUCCUCUGUCCUCCGCGGCUCCGACCAGCGAACUGGACCUUUGGUGCAAACGUGGAUUCUGACCUCUGACCCUCCGCCGGGUCUCACAGUGGUAGCAAUGCAAUACUGUGAGGUACCGCGCGAGUACUGUGUGUAAAGCAGUACUUCUUCCUGGGAUCGUGUUACUGUGCACUUUAUUCACCUGAGUCACAUGUUCCUGUGUGGACAGUCAAAGCUUUAAGGGUCCCUUUAGGUCCAAAUGAUGUCAAUAACCAACUUGUUAACAUUUAUCUCCUGUCCACACUCUGCUUGCCAUUUCCUGCUGGUUGUGGAGGUUUAGUAUUUAAAAAGGAGCCGAGCUAGUUUUUAAACUUGUCCUUAACUUGCCUUAUCCGACAGAACCUACAGACGUUCCUUAUUUAUACUUUAGGUGUUAAAGUAGCUGAAUUAGUUGCAGUUUUAAACAUUUCAUUGUCUGCUUUUUUUUGGGUUUUAUAAAAAGGGUCGAUGUGUUCCAAUAAUGCAACAGAAGCUCAUCUCAUAACCUGGUGCAGUGAAAUGUGUGCUUCAUAUUGAUAGACAUGAGGGAUAUAUUUAGAUUCUUUUAACUUCCGGCAAGAAAGCAAAUUGGACUUAAUUUAAUUGUGCAGCCAAGUCUCAAACACGUCGUACUGUGAAAGAAGAAGCUAUUUUUGUCAAUGACGACUUAAAACUCAAAGGAUGUCAAACCCAGUGUGGUUGUACUCACGUUUUUAUUUUGCAACAUUCACUUCAAAAAAGCAAUUUCAUGUGCUUUUUUAAAUUAAUUUUGUUACAAAAUGCUCCGAUAGAUCUGUUCUCUUCAUAGAAAAUAGUCUGUGCAUGGCAACGUGUUGGAGGUUUUGUAAAGGCCUCGGUGCAGCACGCGCUAUUUAUCGCUUACAAGCGCGGCGGCGGCGUGAACCGGGAGGCCGACGUGCACCUGAACGCCACGCGUUACUCGUACGCGACGAGUAGAGAGCAACAAGUCUGCGCUGAUGUCCAGGUCAGUUUAUUGUUCUUCCAGCUACAGAAAGAACCACAAGUCUCUCCAAAAAAACCUAAAAAAAAAACCUGGAUGUUGCUUCCUUUUUUUCCCUAUGUUGUCUGUUUGAUGAUGUCAAAGAAACAUCUUAAUAAUAAACUGAUUUGUUACUUGGCAAUAAAAUAAAAAGUUCU